AUGAAACAUAAGGAUAGGAAGCAAUUUUUGGACUGCAUUAAAAAAGACCUUCAGGAAGUGGAAGAUUCUAAUUCAUUUGAUACAGUAAAAGAAGGAAAAACUCAAGAAAUCCUUGACAAAUGGAAGGAAUGGACUGCACUGGUAAAGAACUUGAAACAAGAUUGUGAACAUGCCAAGAUUGGGUAUCUGCAGGUAAAGCAAAUAAAUCAACUUGCAACUGGGAGUGGUGCUACAUACAAUGACAACCACAUAACAUCAGGAAAAUGUUGUCGAGAUGUGAAUGAUAAAGAGGCUAAUACAAAAAAGGAAAAUAAUAUUUCCAGUAAUGAUGAUCUCAACGAAACAAUAGAAUUUGAAUAUGAUGAACUAAGGGAAUUAGAACAGCAAAUAACAUCCAGUUCAUUAAGUGAGUGGAAUGUAGGCACAGUUAAUGUUUCAAAAAAAUUUAAAGAAUAUCGAAGACAAUUAAUAACAAGUGUUAGGCAGAAAAAAAGAAAAUUGAUGUGGAACAAUACAUUUGAACUAUUGGCCUUAUCAUCAAUAAUUGUAAUGUGCUGGCCUUGUCCCUACUCUACAUUUACAAGUUCUGAAUGGCUACAAGUUCUUAAUUCGAAUCCAUAUAAAAUUAUGCAGCCCGUUUUAACAGAUUCACUCUUAACCACUUUAUAUAAAGCAACAAAUGACUUUUCACUUGAUCCAUUUAUUAAAGUUAUUUUUGGUGGAGAAUACACACCUUACAGCCUGGAAUUAAAUAAAAGCGUAGGUGGAAAACAAAGACCAGAUUUUAGCUGUGUAGUUGAUAACAUUGCGAUAUUAAAUUCCGAGAUCAAGCCUUUGGGGUACACUCAGUUGAGGAAAGAUCAAGACUUUGUAAAAGUACAUCUUAAAGGAAAGAAUUCAAUUAACAAAUUACUAGAAAAAGGAGGAUCCAACAAAUCAAUGGCUUUUUUAAAUAUGGGAGAUACCAUAGAAUUGUUUAAAAUUGAUUUAGCAUAUGAUGGUGUAUAUAGAUCAUGGCCAUGUCUUAAAAACAAAAUAGCAAUUGAUAAAGGAUCUUUUCCUUUGAUCGUAUUGACAUUUUCCCAUUUUGUAAUAAUGGAGCAAUAUGUUAGUGAAAUUGUAAAUGACUAUGAAAAUCGACCACCACCUGAACAGAUUGAAGAGUUGAA